GGUUUUUGCGCCAAUUUUGAGCCGUGAGGGGAAGAGACCCGGGGCGGCGCGGAAGGAAGACACCAGCGAAAGGCCCGCAGAGGAAGAGGAAAGGGAGGCCAUGAUUGGGCAGAGGACGCUGCGGUCCUUCUUCUCCCCGCUCCCCGCCGGAGAGAAGCGGAGCCGCGUCUCGGAGCCGAACCAGGACGCCGAGGAGGCGCCCAAGAGGCCCAAGGCCAACUCCACCUCCGCCGCAAGAUGGCCUCCUGCAACUGCUGCUGCCGCACUGACCCCAGAACAGCUGGAGCGCAUCCGGAAGAACAAAGAGGCGGCCCAGCAGAGGCUGGCCUCCCGCACCGUCGUUGUCUCUGCGGCCCCCGAAAUGGCGCCUGGAUGGAAGGCCGCCCUGGCCCCUGAGUUCGCUAAGCCCUACUUCCCCCAGCUUAUGGCUUACGUUGCGGAGGAACGCCGCCGCUACACUGUCUAUCCUCCUCCCGACCAGGUCUUCACUUGGACCCAGAUGUGCGACGUCCGUGAUGUAAAAGUGGUCAUCUUGGGCCAGGAUCCGUAUCAUGGGCCCGGUCAGGCCCACGGCCUCUGCUUCAGCGUCCAGAGACCAGUCCCACCUCCACCCAGCCUGGAGAACAUUUACAAAGAGCUUACUACUGACAUCGAAGGCUUUUCUCAUCCUGGCCACGGAGACUUGACUGGUUGGGCUAAACAAGGGGUGCUCCUGCUGAAUGCCGUCCUCACGGUCCGGAUGCACCAGCCCAAUUCCCACAAGGAGAAGGGCUGGGAGCUGCUCACGGAUGCAGCGGUCUCCUGGCUGGACAAGAACCUGGACGGCCUGGUCUUCCUCCUCUGGGGGGCCUAUGCGCAGAAGAAAGGCGGCUCCAUCAACCGGAAGCGGCACCACAUCCUUCCGACGGCGCACCCUUCCCCUCUUUCAGCGCACAGGGGCUUCUUUGGCUGCAAGCAUUUCUCCAAAGCCAACGAACUGCUGAGGAAGUCUGGGAAGGAGCCCAUCGACUGGGGAGCGCUGUAGCCAUUGGACCCAGAAGUUGGCGCCAAUCAUGACGUUUCUGCCAGACUCUCCUUGCGGUGCCUUUGAAUUUGUUUUUCGUCAAACAGGUCUGGAGCUCAACACGACACUUCAGACACCUUAAUCUGGAGUAAAUCUGAAUGAAGAGAAUGCUCCCCGAGAACCAUUAUUAUUUUUACGUCCCCGACUCCUUCGGAGAGGAGCGUUUAUCGGCCUAAAGUUACAGUCUUGGUUUCAGUCCCAUUCUGCGCUGCGUUUGCUUACAAGUGCAUUGGGUUUUUUCAUUCUCUGGGAUAUUUUCCAAAAGCAAAGAAGCUGGUUUCUUUCCUUUCGGUUCCACUCCAGUUCCUUUCUGGAAACAUUUGGACGGUCAAAGAUGUCCCGAAUGAUGCUUGGCUCAGUCUCCCAGAUUUGUCGCCUUGUCAGCUCCUGACUUUGUCAGUUGCUGCGGAUUGCAGUCUCCUUGCUGGGUUGUUUUUAUAGGGCUGCAGGAAUUGGGCAGCCCACGGAUUUCACUCUUUUCCCCCCUUGUUUGUGGGUUGGGUUAGAAGGGUAUUGUCUGUGCCAGAAAUUAAGCGUUCUUGGGCCCCAUACAGACUGCCAAAAUAAAGCUGCUUUGGGUCACUUUGGAGGUAUGCUGUUUAAAUG